AUAAAGUCACUGUAUCUCUCAGGUCAAGCGUCACAGUCACUCUGUCCACCUCCUCCUCCAUGAAGAUUGAAGACGACCCUGCGGUUUCUCUCCUCUCCUCUUCUCCCCCAAAAUUCAAGUUUUGAAACAACAAAAUCUCUUAUUUUUGCCACCGAAAUUUUUUGCUCCAAACUCCCUACAUUUUCAACCUUCAUAGACUCCCUCUAAACCCUACUCAAUGGCCAAAACUAGACCAGGCAAAAAGGACUUGGACUCCUACACCAUCAGAGGCACCACCAAAAUUGUCAGAGCUGGGGAUUGUGUGCUGAUGCGGCCAUCGGACACGGGUAAGCCUCCCUACGUGGCGCGCAUAGAGAAGAUCGAGAUGGAUGGUCGGAACAACGUGAAGGUGAGGGUGAGGUGGUACUACCGGCCCGAGGAGUCGAUCGGUGGGCGGAGACAGUUCCACGGGGCCAAGGAGCUGUUCUUGUCCGACCACUACGACGUGCAGAGCGCUCACACGAUUGAAGGGAAGUGCACGGUUCACUCUUUCAAGAACUAUACCAAGCUUGAGAAUGUUGGGGCCGAGGAUUACUAUUGCAGAUUUGAGUACAAGGCUGCUACCGGGGGGUUCACCCCUGACCGAGUGGCUGUGUACUGCAAAUGUGAGAUGCCUUACAACCCGGACGACCUCAUGGUGCAGUGUGAGGGGUGCAAGGACUGGUAUCAUCCUGCUUGUGUGGGCAUGACUAUCGAAGAGGCUAAAAAACUGGAUCGUUUUAUGUGUUCUGAAUGUUCAUCCGAUGAUGACGUUAAAAAACCCCAGACUGUAUUUUCAGAGUCACCAGGAGCUGAUGCCAAGGUGUGUUAUACCGUCUGAGACUCAACCUGUGGUGGAUGGUUCGCAUUUGGUGUAGCUGGUCCUGUGGUGGAUUGUUCUUGUUUGGUAAAGGAAACAUAUAAGAUGCUUCCUUUGUUAUGAGAUGCACUAUAGUGCUGAAGAAGAAGAUAUAUGUGCAUAUCUAAACAUGUGAACCAUAAGUUAAAUUGGUCAAGAUUUGAAUUUUGUAAAUGGAUAUGCUUACUUGGUUACUGAUUCUAUUCAGUUCUCUUGAGAUGCAGUCUUUGCAUAUGAAGAUUGUAACAAUUCAGGCUUCUCUAGUGUUGACAAUCAGUCUCUGUCUUACUUUAUAACUUUUGGUUGAAUACCUAUUAAGAUGGAACAUUCUGAUAAAUUGGCAUUCCUGCUAAUGCUCAUAUAAGUUGGGAUGUACUUAUUUUUUGCCCUAUUUUUCCUAUUUUAUUGG